AUGUCACCCUCCCCCGAACCCGAGCAACCGGUCAUGUCUCUUGACGAGUACAUCACCCUCUGCGCCGACCUCCACAAUACCCUCCUCAUCAAAUCGCGCCCCGCGGGAUCCCCACCGCCAGAAACUUCAAACGACCUCCUCCAACGCUAUGAAUCAUUUCGCGCCGAUGGCCCCUUCGACACCUACGACCCAUAUAUCCCACCUUCUCUCGAUCCCCUUUCGCCCCUCGCCAGUCUCCUCUCUCAGCUGAAAAUUACUACGCCUCCCCAGAUGCUUGAUGGGACCCCUUUAAGCCCCCUCCUCUACCAGCCAAUGCCACAUUGUUUAUUCCCACCUCUGUAUAGCAACGAACUCAUUGAGGCCGACCCCCCCUUUGUCCUCCUGUACCCCCAGCGUCUCCCCUCCGAUGCCGAAUCUGCCGACGACGGUGGUCUCUUCGUAGACAUUUACGACCUCCGCGGCAUCUGGCUUAGCGACCCCCCGCUUCCCGGAAGGCUCCCUCCCUCGGACCAAUGGCUCCCACUCGACUCCCUCCUCAAACUGGAAUUAUCGCGCUGGGAAUCCGGCCGCUAUGUCCACGAUCCCACCGCUGAAGACGGGCUCAAGGUCCAAAAAUGGGUCCCCGUCCCUCCCACCACCACCGGCACUACCACCACCAUACCUUUCCCCAACCGGCAAGUCGCAGAAGCCAUCUUCGAGUGGGAGCGUCUCCUAAGCGCCAUCGAAUCCCGCCUCCCCUCCCCACCAACCCCAUCAAACGAACAAGCCCCCCCAACACCAAAAGACCGAGCACCCCCCUUCCCCCCCGAAACCCUCCAAGACCUCCACAUCAGCACCUUCGCCCAGCACUUCCUCACCCACGCCCGCCGCCCCCAAGGCUGGACCUUCGUCGCCCCCGGCAUCAGCACCUUCCCCUCCCUAGCCAGCCUCCACGAAACAUACGCCGCCGAACCCAACACCACAUUCCGCCGCACCUUCGAAUCCUCCUCCGAAGGCCACGACUGGAUCACCCUCCUCCUCCCCUGCGUCACCACCACCCCCGACGGCGGAGGCACACCAACACCAAUCCAAGUCCCCGACCCCGCGACCCUCGCCCGGCACCCCGACCCCGACAUCAACACCUUCGACAAGCCCCACGGCUUCGGCAAGGCCACCGUCAACCGGCACGCGGGGCUGCAUACCUCGUGGGCGAACGAGCGCGACGGGGACCUGGUGCAGCUGGUGUGUCCGUCGGGGCGGACGGAUGUGGGGACGGUGUUUGACGGGCGGUGUCCGUGGGGGCCGGAUCGGCUGCCGAGGUUGGCUGAGGUGUUGGGGCAUUGGGCGGGGUUGGUGGAGGAGGGGGUUUGGACGGUUGGGGGGGAUGGGGUGGUUGAGGAUGGGGGGUGGUGGGAGGGGAAUGGGGAUAUGGCGCGGUUGGGGUGGGAUGGGGUGGUGGAGUAA